CAUAUUGGGAUUUUAUUAAUACAUAGACCAGUCAAGAUUUGAGAACUCAAUAUAAAAAGAUCUAAUCCCAUGUCUUUACUCCAACACCUCGAACUUCUUUGGAAAGAUAAACCGUGAUCGAUGGGCACCCUAUCUCGCCCCAUCCAUCAAGUGUUCAUCAACUUCCGGGGAAAUCUUCGCUACGGCUUCGUCAGUCACCUUACCGAUGCUUUGAAACGACACAAUAUCAACUUUUUCAUAGAUACACAUGAACAAAAGGGCAGAGACCUAAAACAUCUCUUUAAACGGAUCGAAGAGGCCACGGUCGCACUGGUCAUCUUAUCCACUAGGUAUGCAGAAUCAAAAUGGUGUUUGGAUGAGCUGACGAAAAUCAUGGAUCAAGCAGAGAAAAUGGAAAUGAUUGUCAUCCCAAUCUUCUACAAGGUGAAACCGAAAGACGUGGAGCUACAGGAGGGAGUGUUUGGUGAUAGGUUUUGGAGUCACGCAGAUCAAUCCAGUCGCGAAGAGAUGGAGAAAUGGCAAGUAGCUUUGAAGGCUGUGUGCAACAAGGUUGGCAUCACGUUGUAUCGCAAAAGAUACGAGGCCAAGUUUAUCAAGAAGGUCGUGAAGGAGGUUGAGAAAGUUUUAACCAGCAUUCAAUCUGGUGAAGGAAGAGAAAAUCAUUGUGUGAAGGUGAAAACAUUUAAGGUUCCACUAGCUUUGCCAUGGUCAUGGUCAUGGUUUGGCUCAGCGGUUGGGUUGAUUGGUACAGUGCUUGGCUUACUCUCUGAGUUUGUUCAAUAUGAGGAAGGAAGAGAAGACGAUUGUGUGAAGAAGGUGAAAACGUUUAAUGUUCCACUGGCAUUACCAUGGUUAUGGUUUAGCUCGGUGGUUAAGCUGAUUGGUGCCGUGCUCGGCUUACUCAUUGAGACUGUUCGAUCUGAUGAAGGGAGAGAAGAUGAUUGUGUGAAGAAAGUGAAAACAUUUAAUGUUCCACUAGCUCUACCAUGGUUAUGGUUUGGUUCGGUGGUUGAGAUGAUUGGUGCAAUGCUCGGCUUACUCAUUGAGACUGUUCGAUCUGAUGAAGGAAGAGAAGAUGAUUGCGUGAAGAAAGUGAAAAUAUUUAACGUUCCACUGGCUAUGCCAUGGAUAUGGUUUGGUUCGGCUGUUGAGCUGGUUGGUGCAGUGCUCGGCUUACUAAAUGAAACUGUUCACAAGUGUGCCUCACCAGCCAUGGUUAUUCUUGCUAGUCAGGUUGGCUCUGUUGUGGCUAUUUCGAGCCGUUGGGCUGAUAAGUCUGUCUGAGUGAGCUUUUGUUUCGAUUUGGUCUCUUUGUUUUUUGUGGCUUCAAUUGCUAAUGGAAAUAAAUAAAAUUUGCUUCAGUUUCUUGAUGUAGUUUAAUGGAAACACAAGAAGGAAUAACCAUGAAUAGAAUUCUGUCUCCAAAUUA